CCAUUCCACACAGCCCCCCCCCCCACCCCCCCGGGGAUUCGCUAGGCGCGUGUUUAAAAGGACGAGGACCUCGCCGAUUUACGUAGUCUCUGCGACCGCGAGUCGUCGUUGCGGGGCCGCCCUCCGUCCCGAGUCGUCCGCCGCCUUGAUUUAAAGGUGCGCAUCUCCGUCGCCUGUCGCCUGCCGGAUUUAGCCGGGGUCAGGAUCCCUGCUGCUGCUGCUGUUGUCCUCGUGUCCUCGUGCCUGCGGCCUCCUGGCGACAUGGGCAGUGGGCGCCUGCUUGCUCUAGUGCUGGCUGUGUCCCUCACGUGCUGCUUCGCGCAAGAGCUGACUGAAUGGACGGCGUGGUUCAACGUUGACCACCCCGGCGGGAACGGUGACUACGAGCGCCUGGAGGCCAUCCGCUACUACUACCGGGGCCGCGUGUGCGCACGCCCGCUGGACGUGGAGGCGCGCACCACCACCUGGGUGCCCGCCGAUCACACGGGCGAGGUGGUGCACUUCAGCCCCGAGCAGGGCUUCUGGUGCAUCAACAAGGAGCAGACGCCGGGCAGCGAGUGUUCCAACUACCACGUGCGCUUCCUCUGUCCAGUCGAGUCGGCGAGCAGAUGGACCAAGUGGUCGGGCUGGAGCAGCUGCUCUGUCAGCUGUGGGCCGGACGGGGUGCAGACCCGCCAGCGGGAGUGCAUGCCGAGUGCGCCAGACGCGUCGUGCCCAGGCGCGAACGUCGAGGAACGAAGCUGCUUCCCACCUCCUCGAACCUGUAUCCUAUUGCGAACCCGGCCAGCUGUCAAACGUGGCAAAGGACCUCCCGUUAAAGCCUGCGCGCUGCAGUGUCCGGAGGGGCGGCCGGACACGUCUUGCCGCGUGUGCCUCUGCGAGGGCCACACCAUCUACGGGCGGGUGGCAGCAGACGGCGGGACACCGCUCGCCGGCGCUACCAUGCGUCUCACGCCACCCUCCGCGGUGCAGCAGCUCGUCCCCGAGCGCGCGCUCGCUCGCACCGACCACAACGGCGUGUUCGAGAUGCACGGCGUGUGCGCCAACAACCACACGGAGCUGAGCGUGCACCGAGACCGCUUCGCUCCGGCGGUCUUUCGAGUGCAGCCCAAAGUUCGUGGCAAAGGCAUCCUGCGUGCCACCCUGCAGCUGGCCGAAAAGCCACAAAUUGUCAAGCACCCGGAGAGCCGAGCUCGGUUUGAGGGCCAGAGUGUCACCUUUUGCUGCAAAGCCGCAGGACACCCCCUGCCCACCAAAUACAUCUGGUACCACAAUGGCUCCAUGCUGCAGGGAGGACACAAACAAGAUAGCAGCCUCGUGCUUUCUAAUCUUCGGCUCCACCAAGCCGGCGAUUACCACUGUAAGGCUGUGAGCGAGGUUGGCGCUGUGAAAUCCUUCCCAGCCAAGCUCUCGUUGCUGCCUGCGAAGGACCCGGCCUGUAACCCCACGCCGACGGCGAAUCUCAUCCGUCUGCCACACGACUGCUUCCAGAACGACUCAAACUCCCUCUACAUGGACGUGGGCGCCUGCCCCAGCAAGCCUUGCGCCGGAGCCGCCGAUUUUGGCGAGUGCGGCGACCCCACCAAGCACUGCUGCGGCGUGGCGCGCAUGGAGGAGCGCGACAUAGCCUGCCAGGGCUACAAGCUCACCACCAUGGCGGUGACCGAGUGCGGCUGCGGGAAGUGCGUCAAGCCCAAGGUGUUGGUGCGCGGGCGAGCGGUGGCGGCCGACAACAACGAGCCCCUGCGCUUCGGGCAGAUCUACAUCGGCAAGAACCGCGUCGGGUUCACGGGGUACAAAGGCACCUUCAGCUUCUCGGUGCCCGAGGAGACCGAGAGGCUGGUCGUGACGUUCGUCGACCCUUCGCAGAAGCUGGUGGACUCGACUAAAGUGUUGCCCUUCAACAAAAAGGGAGGCACCGUUUUCAUUGAGGUCAAGAUGCUGCGGAAAAAGCCGCACGUCACGCUGAACCCAGCCGUCACUAACAUAGUCCCUCUUGGGGAGGCAGAGGGCCAAGAUCCCAUCGCGGAGAUGGAAAUCCCGCCGAACUCCUUCUACCUGGCUAACGGAGAGGUGUACAGCGGCUUCGUCAAAGCCAGUGUUACAUUUUUAGAUCCACGCGUGAUAGCAACGUCAGCUGCUGCACCGAGCGACCUGAACUACAUUGACACGGAAGGUGACAUUUUCCCCCUUAGGACGUACGGAAUGUUUUCCGUGGACUUCAAAGACGAGCAACUGCAGGAAACGCUCAACUCGGGCAAAGUGAAGAUUUACAUCGACUCCAACCAAAUAAAAAUGCCGGAGCAUCACAACAAAAUGAAGCUUUGGUCAUUAAACACUGAGACGGGGCUUUGGGAGGAAGAGGCUGAUUUCAAGUACUCGGAGAGUCGCCGUAGUAAGAGGGAAGAGCGUACAUUCUUGAUUGGAAAUGUUGAGAUCCGUGAACGGCGAAUGUUUAACCUAGACGUUCCCGAGGAGCGGCGCUGCUACGUCAAAGUGCGCACGUAUCGAAGUGAAAGCUUCAUGCAGAGCGAACAAGUUCAAGGAGUUGUGGUUUCGCUCAUAAACAUGGAGCCCAAGGCCGGCUUUGCCAGCAAUCCGCGGGCAUGGGGCCGCUUUGACAGCGUGGUGACUGGACCCAACGGAGCCUGCCUACCUGCCUUUUGCGACAGCCUCCAGCCAGAUGCCUACACAGCCUACGUGACAGCGAGUCUGGGUGCCGAGGAGCUAGAGGCCGCUCCAUCAUCGCCCAAACUCAACCCCAACCUGGUGGGCGUGACGCGCCCCUUCCUCGAUAAGCUGCAGUACCAGCGGACGGACCACGAAGAUUCGGCCGUAAAGAAGACAGCUUUUAAAAUCAACCUCGCCAAGCCUGAUCCCAACCUCCCAGACGAGACUAAUGGCCCCAUUUAUGCUUUUGUUAAUCUCAAGGAGUGUGAGCAGGCACCGUACUCGGCCAGCCAUUUCCGCUUCUACAGAGUGGAGGGUGACAGGUACGAGUUCAACAAGAUACCCUUUAAUGAAAAUGACCUCAUGUCCUGGACGGCCAACUAUUUGUCUUGGUGGCCCAAGCCACAGGAGUUCCGUGCCUGCUACGUCAAGGUGAAGAUCAAUGGGCCCAAGGAGGUGAUGAUUCGCUCGAGUAACGUUGGCGGCACGCACCCAGCCACCACGGGCCAGCUAUACGGCGUGCGUGACGUGCGCAGCGUCAAGGACAUGACCUAUCCCAACGUGUCGGCUGCCUGCGUUGAGUUCAAGUGCGGGGGCAUGCUCUACGACGAGAGCCGCAUCGACCGCACCCUAGUGACCGUCGUUCCGCAGGGAGACUGCCAGCGUCAGAGCGUGAACGCCAUCCUGCAGGAAUACCUGGCCAACCACCCUCCCCUUGCCACCAACAAUGCGAGCCAAGCUUUCACCAUGUUCGCCCCGCUCGACCCACUGGGCCACAACUACGGCAUUUACACGGUGACGGACCAGGACCCUCGCACGGCCAAGGAAAUCGCGCUCGGCCGCUGCUACGACGGGACGUCCGACGGGGCGUCGCGUGUCAUGAAGAGCGACGUGGGCAUCGGCCUCAUGUUCGCCUGCCGCGAGCGGGCGGUUGGGCGCGAGAGCCUCUUCGAGAGGGUGCGCAAUUCCCCGUCCGUGGUCACGCGCACGCAGUCGUCCCGGGUCGGCGUGGCGUCCGGAGGGAGGACCCGCAACGGAGGGCUGCGGCGGAGGGGAGCGACGGUUCGCGGAGGCAGGGCCUUCGCCAGAGUCCGCGAAAUGCAGAGCGGUGGCGCGGCGAGGGCGAGCCAAUGAGAGCGCGGACAUCAACCGAGCGGCCAACCACCGACAAAAUAUUUACGUGGACAAAAAAAAAGGAGUGGGACGUGUGCUUGCGUCACGUGAAGUAGCAGCAUCGUCUCUGUUUUGUGAUAAAUAUGUGGUAUUUUUGUCCACGUGAAGAUGUGUUGUGCACGGUGAAAUGAUGUAAUGCAGUUAAUUGUUUUCGGUGGCUGAUGAAAACUGGAAAAAUUCCGUUCAACUGCCAUUCAAUUUCAUUGCAGUUCUUGCACUUGAAAAUGUAAUUGGUUGCUUUUGCCAAACAUCACUUUAUCAUGUAUAUGACCUUUACUCAUAAUAUAAUUUUUUCCGUAUGACCUUUGCUCAUAAUAAUUUGAACAAUAAUUUCAAACUCGAUCUAUUAUGACAUUACCAACAUGCCUAACACGCAUGCAGUGGAACAAUAGCAGAGAUUGUUGUAAAUACAGUGAUAUGUUUAAUAUCACAAUAGCAUUGGAUAUUUUUCAAGUCAAUGUUUUGAUCACGAAUCAACAAUGAUCAUUUAAUAGCUGGUUCAGCUGGCAUCACCAAAAGCUUUGAAUUUUUGCUAAUUACACAUGUGCACACACGUCCAAUACCCACAGAUGUGGAUAUUGUUGCAGUAUUCAACAGAUGACUUCAUUGUCUAAAAUAAGACUUCAAUAAAGGUGCUCAACAACUAUGAAUUACUUAAAGACUAGUGUGGUGCUAAUAAUUACAUUUUGAGUUUGAAAAUGUCGAUAAGAACUCGGGGUUGUUGUAAACUGACUGCAGUUAAUCAUAGAUAUGUGAGGCAUAGUUAUUAUAUAGGGGGCGCCACGGUGGUGAGACGUUAACUCCCUCGCCUGGUAUACAGGAGGACGUGGAGUUCGAUCCUCGACCCUGACGCCUGCUAUAUAUUUGGAGUUUGUAUGUUCUCCCCAUGGUGGUGUGGAUUUUUUUCUCCGUGGUGCUCUGAUUUUCCCCUCCACAUUUGAGAAUCAACAUGCGUUUUAGAGUGUUUGGCUGCAAUUUGUGGCCAGUUCGCUUCUGAAACAAGAGCUGUAUAGCUCAGUGGGCCUUACCUGGUGAAAUAAAAAAAAAUUGUUUAAUGUAUCUUGAACUUUGCCUGAAAUAUACGAACGUGUACUCGUUACAUGCCUUACCUUUAAAACCAACAUUCUCAGAAUAAAUGACCUAGACUGCUUGACGUAACCAAGCGAGGCAUGAGCUUAUUUUAAAAAAAAUUGAAGUAAUAGCAACCUCAUGUAUUACGUUAUGUGAUUGUGGCAUAUGCACAUUGUUAACCUAAAAAAAUACACACACAAUGUUGCUGACAUCGCCAAAUCAAUUGUUUAACCAGAGUUAGUAAAAUGCGUUCCCCUGUCUCUUCACGAGACGGAAUUUGCCAUCAAGAUUUGUAAUUUAAAACUGAAACCAUAAUGAAAAUGACCUACUGCUGGACACUAUUUGGCAUGUUUUAUUAAUUUAUUGUAGCAUGAUUUGUUUUGGUAUAUAGUACAUAGCAUAUGACUAUCACGAGAUUUUCCAUUGUGCGUUUUAAAUGUUUGUCCAUCACGUAAUUGUUUAUUUAUCUUCAUAUAUAAUGUAGUAUCGACAAUCUUUUCACUAACAUCUCAGACUUUGAUAUUUGUUCCAUAUAUAUUUACUGUGUAUGUUAAAGAGUGCCAUAACUUGGCUUUAAAGCUGAAAAAGUUUACCAGUAUCAACGGUUGUAUUUUUUUGUAUAAAUAAUGCAACUUUUACGAUGUAUAGCCUCUACCUUUUUGAUCAUUAAUAAAGUAAUGCUGUAUAUUGAAAUCUGUCCGUUUAA